ACCCCUCAAAACGGACCGCUGCAUUACGAAAUUGCACCGUAUUGAGCGCUGUGGGAUCAGAGUUUUACCGAUUUGUCCUGUGUUAGCCACUUGGGGACUUUUUAUGCUGUAGCUCGCUUUUAUUCGUAAUUUUUAUCACCAUGUCUGUGGUUUUUGCACCUCACAGACAGCGAAAGGGUGACAUAACACCCGCUGGAAUACAGAAGUUACUUGAUGAAAACAACCAGCUGAUCCAGUGUAUAAUGGACUUCCAGAGUAAAGGCAAAACAGCCGAAUGUUCUCAUUAUCAACAGAUGCUGCACAGAAAUUUAGUGUAUCUGGCGACGAUAGCAGACUCCAAUCAAAACGUACAGUCUCUCCUCCCUGCUCCACCCACUCAAAAUAUGCCCUUGGGCCCUGGUGGCAUGAACCAGAGCGGACCCUCUCCCCAGCCCCCUCACGGUCACAACAUACCCUCUGAGGGAAUGGUUAGCGGUGGCCCUCCAGCUCCCCAUAUGCAGACCCAGAUGAAUGGACAGAUGCCUGGGCCAAAUCAUAUGCCCAUGCAAGGUCCUGGUCCGGGUCCCAACCAGCCUCCAAACAUGCCCAGCGGCUCAAUGAACAUGCCCCCCAGCAGCCACGGCUCUAUGGGUGUUUACAAUCACGCGGUGCCCUCUUCGCAGGGCAUGCCAGCUCAGAGCCAGAUGAACAUGACCCAGGGUCAACCUAUGGGAAGCUACGGCCCUCGACCAAACAUGAACAUGCAACCCAGUCAAGGCCCCAUGAUGCAUCAGCAGCCUCCAUCGCAGCAGUACAACAUGCCUCCUGGUGGUGGUGGACAACACUACCAAGGGCAACAGAAUCCAAUGGGUAUGAUGGGCCAGGUCAAUCAAGGGAACCAUGUCAUGGGACAGAGACCGAUGCCACCCUACAGACCUCCGCAGCAAGGACCCCCUCAGCAGUACCCAGGGCAGGAAGACUACUAUGGGGACCAGUACAGUCACGCAGGACAGGGAGCCUCAGAAGGUAAUGCACAGUAUGGCCAGCAACAAGAAGCAUACCAGCAAGGCCCGCCACAACAGCAGGGUUAUCCUCCACAACAGCAGUAUCCAGGUCAACAAGGCUACCCACCACAGCAGCAGGGUUAUGGUCCCUCCCAGAGUGGCCCAGGACAGUAUCCCAACUACCCACAGGGUCAGGGACAGCAGUACGGGGGCUACCGUCCCCCUCAGCCCGGACCUCCACAGGGCCAACAGCAGCGCCCGUACGGUUAUGACCAGGGCCAGUAUGGAAAUUACCAGCAAUGAGAAAUGGUCACAGUUUACCUACACAACUCCUCUCUGAUCUCUGAGUUUUGACCUCUGGUCAACUGCUAAGCAGACAAUAAUGAUGGUUUCAGCUCAGAUCGUCCCGGACACAAACAUGCUUAUGAAUACAAGAUAUGUUUUCCCCUUUUUGGGCUUUUAUCCUCUCCAGCAAAAUGUAUUCCUGUUCAUCAUGCACAUGUCAAAGUCGGUGACCUUGCUCCAGAGUCUCAAAGCGGCAAUGCCUUAACAAAAAAUAAACAAACAAAUGGAACUGCCUUAUCCUUUAGCAUUGCAGAGUGAGGAAUGUGGCAACAAAGAUUUUUGGAUACCAAAACUCAAACGUCAAAUUUUCAAUGUGUUUGAGUGCAUCAGUUCCCUGCCCUUCAACUCUCCAAUCACAAGAAGCAAUAACGUAGGGAUUUGCUCGGGGGUUUGAAGACGUAAAGAUGCACCAGGCAAAUUUCCAAAUAGGCCAAUGGUACAUGUCUCAGUGUAUGUGAUGAUGUAAAAAAAAAAAAAAGAAAGCAAAACUGUUAUUUUGUGCUUUUUAGAUCAAGCUAACUUUGUAUAAGAUGUUGAAAACUAGUACUAAGCCUGUGUCGUUUAUUUUAAAGAAGCGUAUGUGUCCCUCUUCUUUUUUUUCUUUAAAGCUUUUUAAAGACGGUGAAUCCCAUACAGUUUUCUUUCUUUGUUAUUUAAUUGUAUGACUAAUAAAUUAGAUCUGCAAUGUAUGUGACAUGGACUCUGUAUAAAUCAAUAUUUUAUGAAAAAUGCCAUAGAUAAAAUUUCCUUAAAAACAAUAUGGGCAGCAUAAGACAACCCAUAAAAUCUGAAGUGUUAAGUGAGGUAUUUUCUCUCUUUUUUUAUUUUUAUUUUUUAAACCACAGUACCUGACAAAAUAAGGCCUUCUUCCUUAAGAGUUGUUCUCAGAGAGGUAAUACUGUAUGUAGCAGAUUGUAAAAUAAUCUCAGUUGGGAGGGUUUUUUUUUUAUUAUUAUUUUCUGAAAAUAUUGACAGCUUGUUUGAAGAGUGGUUAAUGGGAAAGCCCAACAUGAUUUAUUUUCUAGGAUUAUUUUUGUUUUGUUUUUAUUAGCCUGUUGUUAUUUGACAAUGCUGGAAUCAUGUCGCCCCCUUUGAAGAAAUGUCUGAGUUGAUGUCAUUCAAGUAGUGUUUUGUGUGAAUAAUGAAUAUUGUUACUGUCAAAUAUGUAACAUAAUAUGUGAAAAUAAUGUUCUGAAGUGGAUUCCUUCAACACAGUAAAGACUGGUUGUGCAGUUUUAUAUCACUGGCUUGAUAUCUGUAUUAUGGUGCAUAUUUUAUUGAUCCCAUAUGUACAGCAGCGUAAAGAUGAGGAACUGACUGUCCUCUGAUAUUGUUUAUAUGGCUGUUUUAAUAUUUUUCAGUCUGCACCCCAUUCAAGUGGAGGUCACAUAACGUGUCUUGGCAAUGUGAACUGUACAUUCUAAUAAAUUGGAAGAAUCUUUAAUAUA